GUGGCCUUCAGACUAAUCACUGUUGUAAGUAUACCAUAUUUAAGCAAAAAUACUUUCCCCUUUAAAUCGAUGUUUUGCUGUAAGUGUAAAUUCUAAUUAGAAAGAGGAACUUCAAGAUCGAGUACGUAAUUUUAAUUUCAUUAAUAUUCAAACUGUUUAGAAAAUGUAUGAGUGGCAGAAGGAGCCGGAUACAAAGAACAGGGGGAGGGUCUCUUGGCUAGCUCGCACGCACAGCAUGCGAGCAGAGUAGCGACUUGUGCCGAAAGCUUUAUGGGUAGUCUUAAAAGUAAGCGCUAGUUUGAAAAAUCACUCAAACAGAAGGCAGAGGACGCCGAGUCAAGAUGGGUGUCCUGAACUGCUCGCCACUUUUGAUCGGAGUGAUAGUGGUUAUAUGCACUCGUUUUGUGGGUGCUCAACGUGAUCCAAUUCCCAAAAUUCAAGUCGUCGACGGAGGAUUAUCUCCACCUUAUUUUAAUCUUGCGGACAAUCGUCGCAUUUAUGCUUCAGCCACUUGCGGAGAAGAUGUUACCGGACCAGAAUUAUAUUGCAAACUUGUUGGCAGCAGUACUAGUAACUUGGACCCCGGGGAAGAUAUCAACAUUAUCAAAGGACAGAUCUGCGACACAUGUGAUCCUACAGAUCCUAAACGAAGCCAUCCGGCAUCUAACGCCAUUGAUGGAACCUCCAACUGGUGGCAGAGCCCACCCAUGUCUCGCGGGUUGAAAUACGCUACUGUCAAUUUAACCAUCGACUUGGGACAGGAAUUUCACGUUGCCUACGUUUUCAUCAAAAUGGGAAAUUCUCCACGCCCUGGUGUUUGGGUGCUAGAACGCUCAACCGAUAAUGGGUUAACUUAUGCCCCGUGGCAGUAUUUUGCCGACACUGUAAGCGAUUGCGUUGACCAAUUUGGACCGGAGACGAUUGAUCCUAUCUCCAGAGACGAUUCCGUUACUUGUGAAACGCAGUUUUCAAAAGUCGUCCCAUUGGAGGACGGAGAGAUUGUUGUCUCGCUCUUGAAUAAUCGCCCAUCUGCAACAAAUUUCUAUAACUCGACCGUUUUGCAAGAAUGGACAAAGGCAACAAACAUUCGUCUAAGGCUUUUGCGGCCCAAGACUUUGCUUGGACAAUGGGUCAGCUUUUCCCGUAACGAUUUUACCCUCACUCGUCGGUUUUUCUAUUCAAUCCGUGACAUUUCAAUCGGAGGGCGUUGCGUUUGCAACGGUCAUGCCGAAUCUUGUGACAUUACCGAUCCCGAAGACGCGUACAAAUUACUUUGUCGCUGUCAACACAACACUUGUGGGCCCCAAUGCGAGCGAUGCUGUCCAGGAUUCGUCCAGAAAGCUUGGAAGCAGUCCAAAGCGUACGAUCCUUUCACCUGCGAACCUUGCAAUUGCUUUGGCCAUACCGACGAGUGUCAAUACAAUCCAGAUAUCGAUCGUCUUGGUCUUUCGUUGGACAUCAACGGAUUCUACGAAGGUGGAGGUGUUUGCCAAAAUUGUCGUCACAACACGCAAGGCAUUAACUGUAACGAAUGCAAACCAACAUUUUAUCGACCUUAUGAUAAAUUGCUUAACGCUACCGAUGUCUGUCAACCAUGCCAGUGUGACGAAUUUUUCUCAACUGGAAACUGUGCGGAAGGCAGUGGUCAAUGCGAGUGUCGACCGCAGUUCCUCUCGCCGCAUUGCGAUCAGUGUAGUUUUGGCUACUAUGGAUACCCGCAGUGCAAACCCUGCGAUUGUCAUAUCAACGGUACCAGAGAUAAUGUUUGCGAAGUCGGUGGAGGCCAGUGCCCCUGCAAAUAUAACUAUGCCGGAAAUAAUUGCGAUCAAUGUGCCGAAGGCUAUUACAACUUCCCCGAAUGCUUACCCUGUGAAUGCGAAGCUCCAGGAUCAAUCUCCGACGCUUGCGAUUUAGAGAACGGUCAGUGUCAAUGUGAUCACAAUUUUGGAGGACGUAGCUGUGAACGUUGCGAACACGGCUUCUUCAAUUAUCCGACUUGCACUUACUGCAACUGUGAUCCACGAGGAACAAUUAAGGAAGUAUGUGACAAAAAUAAUGGUCAGUGUAUUUGCAAGCCGGGAUAUGGUGGACCCAGGUGUGACCAGUGCCAACCAAGUUAUUGGGGCCAUCCUGACUGCAAACCGUGCGGCUGUAGUGACUCCGGAAGUGCGUCUACCAUCUGCACACCCAACGGAAAAUGUCCAUGCUUGCCCAACUUCUCAGGACGUGCUUGUGACCAGUGCUCACCCGGUUAUUUCAAAUACCCAGAAUGCAUCAGUUGCAAUUGUGAUACAUCGGGAUCACUCGGAGUUUCUUGUGACGACGAAGGGCGUUGUCAGUGUCGUAGCAACUUUGACGGACAUCGAUGUGAUCACUGUCGUGAAGGAUUUUACAACUAUCCUGCUUGCGAAGAUUGUAACUGCGAUCCGGCUGGUGUCGUUGAGGCGUUCGCUGGUUGUGGAUCAGUGCCCAAAGGCGAGUUAUGCAAAUGUAAAGAGCGCGUUCAGGGCCGUAUAUGCAACCAGUGCAAACCGCUUUAUUGGAACAUGCAAACUAACAAUCCAUUUGGAUGUCAAGAUUGUGAUUGCGUUGUAGCUGGAACAAUCGGUUCGCUGCGGGUGUGCGGAUCGGAUGAUGGGCAGUGUUCUUGUAAAUCACGAGUAACCAGUCGUCGUUGUAGCGAUUGUGCUGACGGUUUCUUUAACUUGCAAGAAGAUAAUCCGUUUGGUUGCAUGGAUUGCGGUUGCAAUAUUGGAGGAUCAGUGAGCCCACUGUGUGACAAGACUACAGGACAAUGUGUCUGUCGUCAACGUAUUCAAGGAAGAUCUUGUGACGAACCUCUUCAAUUGCACUACUUCCCCACUUUAUAUCAAUAUCAGUACGAAGCUGAAGAUGGCUACACGCCCACUCGAUCACCUGUUCGAUUUGGUUACGAUCAUACUCAAUUCCCUGGUUUCUCUUGGCGAGGCUAUGCUGUCUUUUCCCAAAUUCAGAAUGAAAUCCUCCAAGAAUUUAUGAUUGAAAAGCCAUCGCUUUACAGAAUGAUUCUGCGCUAUGUCAACCCGAACGACGACGCUGUAAUGGCAAAAGUCAAGUUAUCACCUGAAAACUCUCACGAUGCCGAACAAACCUAUCUAGUUCGCAUGGAACCAAGCCGGGAACCUAAAUUUGUAACUGUGGCUGGACCUUCGGGUAACCUUCCGACUCCAUUCAUCCUCAAUCCGGGAAUGUGGACAGCUUCGAUUGCUACAAAUAAGAGUCUCCUUCUCGAUUACUUCGCUCUUCUCCCUGCUGCUUAUUAUGAAGGAACAAUCCUUCAGGAGCGUGUUCUUAAACCCUGCUUACAUACUGAUCAGCAGCAAGGAUCGUGCCGACAAUUUACUUAUGCUAGCCUUGAUCCUUUCACCAAUGUUCGAGGUGAUGCGGCAUACACACUUGUCGAUGACAAUACUGGAGAAGCUACUGUCAUCUCGGAUUCUCGGUUGAUUAAUGAUGCAGUUGCACUGAGUGACACUCAGCAGGAAAUUCACAUGGAUGUCGGAGUGCCUCGAUCAGGAAACUACGUUCUUGUCUUGGCUUACGUCACAUCCGGUCAAGGCAAACGAACAUACAUCGAAGUAGAUGUUAAUACAGCCAAGGAUCGUCGCCAACAAGGUGUUGCCAUCUUAUACGAUUGCACUCUGCGAACCAGCUGCCGUCAAGUGGUGACUGAUAGCGACGGAAAAGUUGCAGAUUUUCAAUUGGGAAUGGAAGGCAAUAAUAAUGUCGUCAUCCGCAGCGCUUCGAUUAACGAAGAAGCUGAUGCAGCCAUCGAUUCAAUUAUUGCCAUACCCUCGUCAGAAUGGUCUCUCGAUUACGUUCAACCCAAAUCAGUUUGUAUUCAACGCGACGGAAAGUGUGUUGCCGGAAACUUCCCAGCUGCUUCCGAUUCAACUCGCGUCGAAUUUGAAAGUGGCACCAUCCAACAGGCCACCAGCGUUCUCCCAGAAGAAAUCUAUGACGAAAAUGUUGGUUUGGUUUAUCUAGACAAGAAAGAGUCAAUGGUAGACGUGACUGGUAAAGUCCCCCAUGCUGGUUACUACGUAUUCAUCGUACAUUACUACCAGCCAGCUCAUCCACAAUUCGAACUGGACGUUUUGCUGCAAAAUGGACAGUUUUACGAAGCCAAACUGCCAACCACUCUCUGCCCAUCCAAUUCUGGAUGCCGCUCAGUUAUCAAACAGGCCAGCGGUAACCAAGCCUUCCAAAUCCAGGAAAAUUUUAUCCUAACUCUCAAAUCGCCCGCCAACAAGACCGCCUGGGUGGACUACGUAUACGUAGUCCCAGCCGACGAGUUUACCCCCGCGCUUUUGGAGGAAUCACCAAUUGACUUGACGGCGGAAUUCAUCGCUCGUUGUGGCAGAAACAAUUUCCAAGUUGACCGCAAUACGCCAGAGUUUUGCCGACAAGCCAUCUUCACUUUGACAACCGAAUUCAACAGUGGAGCGCUGCCAUGCCAAUGCGAUUUCCAAGGAUCGCUCUCUUUCGAAUGCGACCCCUUUGGUGGUCAAUGUCCUUGCAAAUCAGGCGUUAUUGGUCGUCAAUGUACACGAUGCCAGACAGGCUAUUUUGGAUUCCCCGAUUGCAAGCCGUGCGACUGCCCCUCUACCGCUCUCUGUGACCCUGCCUCCGGUUCUUGCAUCUGUCCUCCACGUGUAACAGGCGCUCGCUGUGACCAGUGUGUUGCCAACACGUACGGUUACGAUCCAAUUAUCGGUUGCGAGGAAUGUAGUUGCAAUCCUCAGGGUGUCCAUCAAGGCAAUCUCCAGUGUGAUUCUUCCACCGGUCAAUGCCAAUGUAAACACAAUGUCGUCAGUCGUAAAUGCGAUCGCUGUGCUUUUGGAUAUUGGGCCUUCCCUUAUUGCCAAUUAUGUAAUUGCGACGUUCGAGGUUCGGCUGAAGAAAUCUGUGACCAAGAAACAGCUAGCUGCUUCUGUAAGGAAAACGUGAUUGGGCUAUCUUGCGACAUGUGUUCCUCAGGCACAUUCAACCUACAAGAAUCUAAUCCAAGAGGCUGUAGCAAGUGUUUCUGUUUCGGCAAAGCCUCUACUUGCACUACCUCUCAGCUCUUCCGUUCACACGUAACAGACAUGAAGGACUGGACGGCUGCUGCCAUCGUUGUUGGCCUUGUCGGCUCUCGUCGUAGUGUCGACCAAGUUCAGUCAUACGAUCAAAUGGUCAGAGCCGUUCUCACCGAUUUCCUACCCGAAGAUGGUUCCUUUUACUUUUCGGCUCCACUUACUUAUUUGGGCAACAAGUUGACUUCGUAUGGCGGAAACCUCAAUUACACCAUUGUUUACGUCGCUGGAACAGCAGGCUACGCCGUCAGCGCUCCUGACAUCAUCCUCAUCGGAGGCGAUUUUACUCUAUAUCAUUUUGGUCAUGAAACACCAUCGUCAUCUGUACCGUUGGCCGUUAGCGUUGAAAUCAACGAACGAAACUUUGUCCUUCCGUCUGGUCUACCAGCUUCCCGAGAGAAUCUUUUAGUAGCCCUUAAAGACGUCCGUGGCGUCUACAUCCGUGGAUCUUAUUCAGACCCAACCCGCGAAGCCCGGUUGACAUCAGUCACCAUGGAUAUCGCUGUCAGGGAGCUUACGAACAACGCCGAUGUUGCUGUGGCUGUGGAACAGUGCAAUUGCCCUGUCAACUAUCAAGGAACUUCAUGCGAGGAUUGCGCACCUGGUCAUUUCAGGGCUCAUACCGGUCCAUACGGCGGAUUCUGUGUCCCGUGUCAAUGUCAUGGACACAGUGACACUUGUGACCCAAUUACAGGAAAAUGCUUCAACUGCAAACACAACACUGUUGGAGACCAUUGCGAAAAAUGCGAUGUUGGUUACCAGGGUGAUGCAACUCAAGCAACGCCUUCAGACUGUUUGAUCUGCGCUUGUCCUCUUCCAAUCGAAUCCAACAACUUCGCCCUGACUUGCGAUUUUUCACCAGCUGGCGAUGAAAUCGCUUGUCAAUGCAAACCCGGCUAUACUGGUCCCCUGUGCGAGUCAUGCGCUCCAGGAUUUUACGGACGACCUGAAGCUAUUGGCGAUUUUUGCAAACCUUGCAAUUGCUCCAACAAUAUUGACGUUGAUGAUCCACAAGCAUGUGAUUCAAUCACUGGCGAAUGCUUAAAAUGCUUGAAUAACGCCUAUGGACCGGCAUGUGGCCUCUGUGCUCCAGGCUUCUACGGUGACGCCGUGGAACUUAAAGACUGUCAAGGAUGUCAUUGCGAUGAGUGCGGAACGAGCCAGUGCAGCAGUUUUACUGGCGUCUGUGAGUGCCAACCGAAUGUCAUUGGCGAAAAAUGCGAUCGUUGCGCUCCUGACCACUAUGGUUUCAGCUCAUGCCGUGGUUGCCGCUCUUGCAGCUGUGCGAGUGCCUCAGAAGGAACUCAAUGUGACGAUAACACGGGCCAGUGUCGAUGCCGUCCAGGAGCUGCUGGUCGCCAUUGCGAACGCUGUGUGUCUGGAUUUUGGAAUUACAGUCCGGCCGGAUGCCAGUCAUGUAAUUGCAAUGAGGACUUUGCCAUUGGAGUGGGAUGUAAUCCGGAAACUGGCCAGUGCGCUUGUUUGCCUGGUGUUAUUGGCGAUAAAUGCGAGGCUUGCCCUUACCGCUGGGUUUUGGUUCCCGACCAGGGCUGUUUUGAAUGUGAUUCUUGCUCACACAACCUGCUGGAUGUCACUGAUGAAUUGAGAAUGAUUGUGGACCCCAUUGUUGGAGAAUUCCAAACGGUUGCACUGACCUUCUUCACUCAUCAAAAACUGGCUUCUCUAAACCAAUCUGCUUUGGACUUGAGAGCCGAAGUAGGAAAUCUAGAUGUUUCUCAAAUUCAGUUUGGACCAUUGGAAGCUGUCACAGUUGAGUUAGAGGCUACCUCUCGUGGCUUGAAAAUCAAAACCGGCUACGUCGAGGAAGAAUCAAUGGAAAAGGCUCACGAAGCCAACAAUGCUCUCAUCGAGUCCGUCGAGGUGGAGAAGCUCAUCCAAGAGGCUGUCCAGAAAUCACGAUCUAUCAUCGGGGAGGUUGCCGUUCUUGCCGAGAGUUUGGAAGGUGGUGCUGGACCUCAAAUUGACAAAGCACUCGGCGAAGCCCAAGUUAUGUUGCAAGAGAUUCGCUCAAGAAACUUCCAACAGCGCCAGAGUGGAGCAGAUCACGAGCUUCAGGAAGCUAUCAGUUUAUUAGGAAAGAUGAAAGAAGAGGCCCUGCCUGUUCGCGACAACAGCAUUUUACUUGCCAAUCUUACCACCCGUCUCAACGAUUUAAUCAGCCGAGUUAUGGAUUUGAGUAAAAAUAUUGACGGAACAAAGAAUAACGUCAAAAUGGCUGACAAGCUGACAAAUGCAAAUCGCGUCUCAUCUUCGUUAGGUGCCGUGGCUGACAUUCAACAGCGCAAUACCACCGCGAGCGCUCAUUUGAAAAACUGCGCUCAAGUUUUAUAUAAUGCUACGGCUUUGAUGGAGAGUGCACGCAAAACACUUGACAAACUUAAGCUGGAUAUUGAUCGCCUCAUGACUUCAAAAAAUACACUUCACGAAGCAGUUGAACAGAAGGAAACUGAUUUGGCCGAAUCGCGAAAAAUCCUUUACGACGCACAGAUCCACGCAACUAAACUCGGAGACCAAGCGGCCGGAUUAGAUGAAAUGUUGACUGACACUCGCCAAACUUCAGAGAAUGCCGUUUCAGCUGCCAAUUCCUACAAAAAUAUUGUCGACGCCAUUGAUGAAGCCAUCAAGGCGGCAGAGCAAGCCACGAACGCAGGUUUGAACGCCACCCAGCUCUCAGCAGGAGUGGGAGAACGAGCUCAAUUAUCGCAUCAACGCUCCGAAGAGCUACUGGCGCAAGCAAGAGACGCGCUUCAACGAACCCAGACUAUGCUGAAACCACGUUUAAUGGCCGCAGAAACCCUGUCCAAUUUGGUGGAAGAGAACAAUCAACGCACUGCGGAAGGUUUGAAGGCUGUUAACGAGGCAUUGGACAAGAUCGUUCCUACCGGCAGUGCCAAACAAAAUGGCCGAAAAGCCGUAGAAACAAGCACUGGGGCUCAGCAGGGUGGCUCGGAAGCUUCAGCGAAAAUCCAAGAGGUUUCAAAUCAAAUCCCGAUGCAAAGAGACCGUACCAAUCAGUUAGCCCGUGAUAUUGACACCGUCGGCAAAAGCACAACAUUUUCGCUCUCCAAUCUUGAGCGACUCAACGCCGUUUUGCCCGAUCUUCGCAAUCUCCUUACUCGCUCUAAAGAAAAACAAGCUGUUUUGAGUGUAAUGGGUAAAGAUUUGUCAGCAAAAUUGGCGGAAUUACGUCAGAAAACGGCAUUGGCUCGUGAUCAAGCUAAUCGCAUUACUGUUGGAGUUACUUUCUACCAUAAUUCAACACUGCAACUGCACAACCCUGAAGGUCUCAGUCGUGCGGCCACAGCCAAUCAAUUCUCUCUUUACUUCCGAACAGCAGACACAAAUGGCUUCCUUGCCUAUCUUGGUAACGAGGUCGGAACAAGCAAGAAACUCCGGCGAACUCGUUCAGACGAUUUCAUGACACUCGAAAUCCGUAAUGGAUACUUGACCCUAACGACAGAUCUUGGCUCAGGUCCUCAAUCAGUUACCAACGAUCGUUUGGUUUCCGAUAACGUUUGGUACCAGGCUGUUGUGCAGCGAACAGGUAAAUCUGUCCGGCUCACGGUUCGUGCCGAAAAAGAAGCUGGUGAAGUGGAAGUCACCACUAAAGAAGCUGUAUUGCCGGGCACCUUUUCCGUUUUCAAUUUGGAUCAGGACUUGUCGAAGAUUUUCAUCGGCGGAUACCCCCAAAAAGCUAAUAUUCAACCUACCGUUCUCUACGCCUCUUUCCGCGGAGAAGUUGAAGAAGUCAUGAUAGGCGACACGGCAGUUGGUUUGUGGAAUUUUGUCGAUGCUGCCAAUAUUUACGGAGCUGUUGAACGCGACAAGCUGAAAAAUCUGCAAGAGAGCACUGGCUAUCGUUUUGAUGGCGAAGGUUAUGCUACCCUUGAUCGAAAAUCUUAUCGCUUCCGCGACAGAGUCGACGUUCAAUUGAAGUUCAAAUCGACUGCCGAUAAUGGUUUACUCUUCUUGGCUGGCAAAGGCAAGGAGUUCAUGUCAAUUGAGCUCAACAAGGGUAAAGUGGUGUACCGAUACAAUCUGGGAGAUGAUACAAUCACAUUGAAGUCACCCGAAAAAUACAAUGACGACAAAUGGCACACGAUUGAGGCUGUUCGACGGUUGCGCGAUGGAAUUCUCAAGGUGGAUGGAGCGGAUGUUGCUCAGAGAUCGAGUACUAUCGGUGAUUCUGAUUUGUCCGUUACUAACUACAUGUACUUUGGAGGUUAUCCUGGAGAUCAUCGAUUUGAAGAUGUCACGAAUGUCGAUUUUGAUGGUUGCAUUGACGAAGUUCAAAUUUCUGGAACACCAGUCGAUUUGAGUCAGAAUGUCGAAGCCUUUGGGGUGGUUUCCGGAUGUCCUGCUAAGGUGGCUAAUAUAGUCUCCUUCAAUGAGGCCGGUACAGGAUACGUCUCUCUACCUGGUGUCAACAUUGAAAACUUCGCCCAAGUUAGCCUCAAAUUUAAGACCAAACAAGACAAUGGCUUGGUAUUUUACAUGGCCAACGAAGAUCAAACCAACAGGUUAUCUCUCUCACUACUCGAUGGCGCUUUAGUAUUGAGGUCGUCUCCAGGUGGUGAUCUCUCCUCUGAAAGCCCAACCAAACUCAAUGAUGGACAGUGGCAUGUGGUUACUGCAACCGCAGACGGAUCACAGAUUAGUCUUGUCGUUGAUGAUUUCGAUGUUUACACACUUGAUACACCCAACAGUCCACUCGUGAUUCCAGCCACUCCCAUUUACUUUGGUGGUGUACCCGAUCGGUUUGCUUUGGCUCCUGGUGCUUCAGCUACCGAUUCUUCUUUUUCUGGAUGUAUCGGUGAUACUACUAUCAAUGGCAAGCUCAUCAACUACGCAUCCUCAACAGGCAACCAAGGAGCCUCCGUAGCCAAGUGUCCUCUUCCUGACGCCCUUGGAGGAUCUCCUUUGAAACCCAAACGAAUCGACGAUGAAGACUCCUCGCCGAUUGAUCCGGUACCUUCAGAAACUGUACCUUCAGAAACGGUACCUUCAGAAACAGUACCUUCAGAAACAGAUCCGAUAGAAUCAUUACCUUUUGAGCCGGUAACCCAACCCAGCGAACCUAUCGAGCCUGAACCUACCACGGAAGCGGAAGUCGUUACAACAACAACUGAAGCGAUUCCAGUUACCACGCCUAUUCCAGAAACGACAACCAUUCCUAUGGGCCAGUGUCGCCUCCCGGUCCAACCAGCUGAUGAUCCUGAUGUUGAUGAUAACAGUGGCACGCGCUUCGGCAAUGUCAAGUUUAGCCGACACGAAUACAACACGCUUCCGGGUCGUCAUCGCCAAAAGUCUGAAUUGUCAGUUGAAUUCAAGACCUCUGAACCUGACGGUAUCAUCUUCUACGCAGCAGAAAAUCGCCACAUUGACUACACAGCUCUGUAUCUCAAAGACGGAAAACUCCACUUUUCUUUCAAUUGCGGAACGGGACCAGCUCUACUUUCCAGUCCUGAAACUUACAACGAUGAUCAAUGGCACACAGUCAUGUUCAACCGUGAUCGUCAAAAUGGAACUCUCGUUGUCGAUGACCUUGUUGUGGCUGAAGGAAGUUCGCCCGGUAAUACACAGACCAUCAACGUCGAUCAGCCUCACUAUGUAGGAGGAAUCUCACCCGAAGUUUUGAAUAAUGCUCGUCAUAAUUUCAAGGGAGUAGAGGGAGGUCUAAUUGGAUGUUUGAGAAAUUUCCGGGCAAGCUCCCGUCCGGCUGGUGAGCCCAGCUACCUCGAGGGAACUGAACCUUGUUCAUCUAAAGUUGAGACUGGUUCCUUCUUUGCCGUUCAAGGAGGCUACAUCAAAGCAGUUGAAAAUUUCCGUGUCGGAUUGGAUAUUGACAUUAGCAUGGAGAUUAAACCUCGUAGCACGUCAGGCAUUCUUAUGUCCGUACAUGGUCGACGCGAUUUCCUUCUUUUACAAAUGGUUAAUGGCGCUCUCAUCUUCAGCGUCGACAAUGGACGUGGUCCUAUUGUUGCGACCUACAUUCCUCCUCAUGAGCAUCACAUGUGUGAUGGAAAAUGGCACUAUGUCCAAGCCAUUAAGGCGAAAAAUGUAGUGACGCUAUCGGUGGACAAUGUGUUUGUCGAACCUGGAAUCGGAGUGGCCGGUGUAUCAUCCACCGACACAAAUAACCCAUUAUUUAUCGGAGGUCACCCCAAUCCAAGCAAACCACGCGGAAUUAAAACUCAAGAGCAAUUCGUGGGAUGCAUCCGUAAUCUCAACAUUAAUCGCAACUUGUUGCGCUUCGGAUCAACACAGGCUAUUGGCAGUGUUACAGCCACCACUUGCCCAACAAUCUAAAAGAAAAGUACCAACGUUAUCCUGUCUCUUCUUCAUGAUGUAGUGAAGUCAGCUUAAUACAAUUAUCUGAAAUUCAAAGAAA